CAUCGGAUCUCUGUGCUGGCGACUUUCAGUGUUCAUUAUAAAGACCAAACACUCAUCUUGUAAGACUUUAUUAUCGUCUCAAUCUUCUGAAAAAUUAAAAAAAAAAAUGCCGAGCAAGUGCGAAAUAUUGUGCGAGAUCUUGAUCGCCAUCCUUCUUCCUCCUCUUGGAGUUUGCCUCAGGACUGGCUGUUGCACUGUGGAGUUCUUGAUAUGUCUGGUCCUGACUAUCUUAGGAUACGUGCCUGGCAUAAUAUACGCGCUUUACGUGAUCGUGUUUCAGAACCGAGAAGAGUAUUUCGAUGAAGCCAGGCGCCCACUCUACUACUCCGCUUGACCUUCUCUGUCGGAAAUCUCUGUUUUUGUUCCUUUAACCUUUUUUGUACCUCAAUAAUAAGUUUGCUUUGCAAUGUGUUUACUUAAUUAUGUGUGUAUUGAAGAGAUUUGCAAAACAUUGUGUGUUAAUACGUUUGGUUACCCUUUGGUUGUUACUUUAAAACAAAGCAAUAUUGAAGGUGAGAUUGUUGGCUA